GCUAUGACCCAAGCCAUGGAGGACCUGGAAUCUGGGUAUGAAAUGGUGGAUGGAGUCAGGUUGGGCUACCUGGUCAUCAAAGGCAAGCAGAUGUUCGCCCUGUCCCAAGUCUUCACAGACCUCCUGAAGAACAUCCCCAGGACCACGGUGCACAAGCGCAUGGACCAUCUGAAGGUAAAGAAGCACCACUGCGACCUGGAGGAGCUCAGGAAGCUGAAAGCCAUCAACUCCAUCGCCUUCCAUGCGGCCAAGUGCACUCUGAUCUCCAGGGAGGACGUGGAAGCCCUCUACACCUCCUGCAAGACUGAGAGGGUCCUAAAGACCAAAAGGAGGAGCAGAGCCCUGCCAACAAAGGAGCUGCCUGGGGAGCCCCCAUCCCCCGACCCUUACUCCGGAUUUUGGAAGGAGAAUAAAGUUUGGCUGGGCUUGAAUAAGACCGGCCAGCCAAUGAAGAGAAAAGCUUUCGCUGCCCGGGACUUGCUACCGGCGGCCGAUCUACCUCACUUUUUAAGUCAAUACACUGGCCGCGGCUACUCGGGGCUACCCAGGUCGCCUUGCAAACCCCCCCUAGACUAUGAAACCGCUCAGAUCCCCGGGGACUGUGUAGGAGCUUUCCAUGGCAGCCUGCCUUAUAUCAGGGGAGUGCUGUGCAGCAAGCACCCUGCCUAUUACUACCACCACCACCAUCAUCACCACCACCAGUCGGCCAUCGCCCACACCAAGCUAGCUGGCUUCACUUACAGGUACAAGAGGAAAAGGACUUCUGCGGGCAAGGAUCCGUACCAGGGCGAGCUCUUCUUCAUCCCCAAGCCCUACAGAUCCAAAGGGGCCCCGGUGUGCCUGGAGAGGGUUCACUUGGUCAAUGGCUUCUGCCCGCAACACCUGGGCACGCUGCAGGACGGCUACACCAGCGACUCGGAGUCCAGCUCGGCUAACGAUUCCGACUUCGGUUCCAGCCUGUCCAGCAGCAGCAACAACUCCUCGGACGAGGAGGAGGAAGAAGAGGAGGAGGAAGAGGGCAGCCUGUCUGACUCCACUGAGGUCAGCUCAGAUGAGGAGAGCUCCUCUGAGUCGGACAGCAGCUCGGUGUCCAGCCAGGUGUCGGUGGAGAGUAUACGUUUCCGCAGGACCAAUUUUUCCAACAAGCCCCCCCAGCAGCCCCCUUGCCAGGAGCCCAGGUCCCCUAGCCCCAGGGCUGCUGCUACUACUCACUGUGACAUCAAAACUGAAAGCCAAGACUGGAGCCAGCAGGGCUGGGGAUGCAGGGCCCCCGGGACCUGCCCUGCAGACUCCCUCUCUGACCCCAGAGCUCCAUACCCAUCCCCUGGAUUCUCCUCUUCUCAUGCAAAAAGGACUGAGCCGGCCUGCGUUCCCGAGGGGGGCUCUGCACCUAGCCCAAAGAAAAACAAUGCAUUCCCACAACAAAGGCUACACAAGGAGGCAAAGCCAUGCCUCCAGCCACCCCUCAGCCAGUGUGUGGAUAGGAGCCCACCCAGGUCCCCCAGCUGCGUCUCCGCUGAGAGCGCGGACAAGGGCGCCAGGACGCCCACGCCAGCGGACCCCCCUUCAGGCUCCGGGCAGGCUGCGGACCGGGGGGACCCAUGCACUGAUCCCCCCUUCCCGCACAACGUCAAGAUUAAAAUAGAGGACAGCAGCGAGGAGUACGAGCUCGCCGCCCAGCCCAAGCUCAGCUACGAGUGCAAUGUCGCCAAGGACGAGGAUGACAGCGACGGGAGCGAGUCCAGGAGGCAGGGGGCUCUGCUGGAAGGCGACCGGCAGGACGCCGCCGACUGCACUGACGACCCGCAAACCACUUCGCAGGAUCUGCUGACUCCCAGCCAGGCCCCUCCAUGCACUUUAGACACGACCCAGAAGCCUGAGGACGGAGAUUACAAAUACGGUGCUAAGGUCAGGAAAAAUUACAGGACACUGGUGCUAGGAAAAAGAGCCGCUUUGCAGUCGCCACCGCCAACCACCAGCAAGCCAAAUCAGAAAUCAGCCAGGAGCCCACGACCCCCAGGUAAAAGUGCAUUUUAUGAAAGGACACUGGAGGCUUUCACAGUGACCAAUAGACGCAAAAGGUUAGCCAACAAUGUAGCAUCGGCAGUUAAGAGACCUUUUAAUUUCAUGGCAAAUUUCCCCAGUCCACCAUCAUUGAUUAUUGGCAAAGACGGAGAUCUAGUCCCUGCCUACUCCUUAAAAAGCACAAAGGACUGCUUCCCACCCCAGAAGGCCCAUCCUAUCUGGAAAUGGCAUUUGGGUGGAACUGCAUUACCUCCAUCAAGUCAACCAAUGCUGGUGUAA